CCUGCUUUUCCUUCGAGGAUGCGUUUCUCUUCCCGGUUAAAGUCCUCAGUCCCGUUUCGCGGCCAGUUAGCGAUGACGUUCAAAAUUCGAGGAGCUGUGAGCUGUGACAGAUUCCAACAUGUCACCCAAGAGACUGCCAUUCUACCAAAAGAGGCACAAGCACUUUGACCAAACCUAUCGCAACAUCGAGACCAGGUAUUUGCUCCAGGAAUAUUCAGCAAGGAGGGCUGCGGCUAGACAGGCUGCCUCCUAUCAGACGUCUCCUGGUCUGGGCAAGACAACAUGCAGGCUUUGUGCCAGGAGGCUCCACACAUCAUCUGAGGAGUCGCAGGAGUCGCAGGAAUCCCAGGCAAGGAGUCUAGAGCAAAAGUCUCAGCACUGGAGUGAAAAAAGGAGGAUCCGCUAUGUCUCCAAUUUGGCCUCCUUGGAAGAAGAGCUUCACAUCGCCAGACUCCGCGCUAGAGAACAACUGGAUAAAGUCACCAUCCAGAGGAUGGUAGAAGAAAGGAUGGCUUUGGAACGGUACGCGGUUGAAGAGAGUAUUAGCCGAGCCCCCGAAAUUUUGGUACGGCUUCGGUCCCAUACUGUUUGGGAAAAGAUGGCAGUCAGGCUUUACUUCACUGUCCAAGGAUUUCCUACUCCUGUUGUACAAUGGUAUAAAAAUGAAGAAUUGAUUACUCCUGCUAGUGAGCCUGGAAAGUACACAAUUGAAAGUAAAUAUGGAGUGCACAUGCUGGAAAUACACAGGGCUCAGUAUGAUGACACCGCUACCUACACUGCAGUGGCAACAAACGUCCAUGGACAGGCCUCGACCAAUGCUGCAGUCAUUGUGAGAAGGUACAGAGGGGAUGAAGAGCCGUACCCUGUUGGAAUUAUGUCCAGCCACUUGCCUCUGCCGCUGGACGUGUGCUUCACCCACUUUGAUGUUCAGUUUUUGGAAAGGUUCGGUGUCACCUUUGGUGUGGAAGGAGAAACACUCACCCUCCAAUGUGGUCUUCUGAUCACCCCAGAGUUGAGGCGUCUUCAGCCUCGUGCUGAGUGGUACAGAGACGAUGUGCUAAUAAAAGAAUCCAGGUGGACAAAGCUAUUCUUUGGAGAAGGCCAGGCAUCCCUGUCUUUCACUCACCUGAACAAGGAUGAUGAAGGCUUAUAUACCUUGCGAAUAAUUUCAAAAGGGGGAGUGAAUGAAUACAGUGCAUACCUGUUUGUGAGAGAUGCUGAUGCUCUGGUAAUGGGUGCACCAGGAGCACCAAUGGAUGUGAAAUGCUAUGAUGCUAACAGAGAUUAUGUUAUUGUUACUUGGAAACCACCAAAUACAACCCACGAAGCUCCAGUGAUUGGAUAUUUUGUGGACAGGUGUGAAGUGGGUACUGAAAACUGGAUCCAGUGCAACGAUGCUCCUGUAAAAAUCUGCAAAUACCCAGUGACGGGAUUGUUUGAAGGGCGUUCCUACACAUUCCGCGUGAGGGCAGUCAACCAGGCUGGCAUCAGCAGGCCGUCGAGAAUGUCUGAGGCGGUGGCAGCCCUUGAUCCUGUUGACCUGGAGAGGUUGCAAACUAUUCACCUGGACGGAGGCAGGCAAAUUGUACUCUAUGAAGAUGACCUUGAAGGCGACGUUAAGAUUCCAGGACCUCCCACCAAUGUACAUGCUUCAGAAACCAGCAAAACAUAUGUUGUACUCAGCUGGGAUCCACCUGUUCCCCGUGGCAAAGAGCCAUUAUCAUAUUUCAUUGAGAAGUCCAUUGUUGGCAGUGGUGUCUGGCAGAGAGUCAACGCUCAAGUGGCAGUGAGAUCCCCUCGCUAUGCAGUGUUUGAUCUUGCCGAAGGGAAAUCAUACGUGUUCCGGGUUUUGUCAGCAAACAAGCAUGGGAUCAGCGACCCUUCUGAAAUAACAGCUCCCAUUCAAGCACAAGAGGCCAUUGUUGUUCCAUCUGCCCCAGGACGUGUGGUGGCAUCCAGAAACACAAGGAGCUCUGUCAUUGUACAGUGGGACAAACCAAAGCAUGAAGAAGAUCUCUUUGGCUACUAUGUUGAUUAUUCUGUGGUGGGAUCGAAUCACUGGGAACCCUGUAACCAUAAGCCUGUUAAGCACAACAGGUUUACCAUGCAUGGCUUAGCAACAGGAGAGAAAUACAUCUUCCGUGUGAAAGCUGCAAACGCAGUGGGGAUGAGCGAGAAUUCUCAGGAGUCUGAACCUAUAACAGUACAGGCAGCCCUCACCUGCCCAUCCUACCCUUAUGGCCUCACGCUUCUCAACUGUGAUGGACACUCGAUGACCAUUGGUUGGAAACUCCCAAGAUUCAGCGGCGGAUCGAACAUUCUGGGUUAUUACUUAGACAAACGGGAGGUGAAACAUCACAACUGGCAUGAAGUCAACUCCUCUCUUGUUAAAGAGAGGAUUUAUACGGUAGAGGAUCUGACAGAGAACGCAUACUAUGAAUUCAGAAUUGCUGCUGCAAAUAUCGCUGGCAUAGGGCAGGCCUCUGAACCUAGCGAACCUUUCAAAUGUGAGGCUUGGACAAUGCCAGAACCUGGUCCUCCCUUUGACCUUACAUUUUGUGAGGUCAGAAAUACAUCCCUUGUUAUUCUCUGGAAAGCUCCUAUUUACACCGGCAGUGGUCCUGUGACUGGAUACUUUGUAGAUUACAAGGAGGAGGAAGGGGAAGCAUGGAUCACUUUCAAUGACAAGCCAACACCACAUCGUUACUUAAAGAUCACAGAAUUACACGAGGGCAAAUGCUACUUAUUUCGAGUUCGUCCAGUGAAUGAUGCAGGUAUAGGCAAGUCAUCAGAAGUUUCUGAAGCGGUGCUGGUUCAUGCUAAACCAGGCACCAAAGAAAUCAGCGCAGGUGUUGAUGAAGAAGGAAAUAUUUACCUUGCCUUUGACUGCAAGGAAAUUACAGAAGCUUCUCAGUUUGCUUGGAGCAAAUUCUAUGAAGAAAUUGAUGAUGAAGAGAAGUUUAAAAUUGAAACAAUUGGAGAUCAAUCUAAGCUCUACUUUAAAAAGCCUAGCAAAGAUGACUUGGGAACUUACUCUGUUGCCGUUAGUGACACUGAUGGUGUGUCAUCCAGUUUUAAUAUGGAUGAAGAAGAGCUUGAGCGUUUGAUGACAUUAAGCAAUGAAAUCAAGAAUCCAACAAUCCCUCUGAAGUCUGAAUUAGCCUAUGAGAUUUUGGACAGAGGACAAGUUCGCUUCUGGCUUCAGGCAGAAAGCCUUUCACCCGACACCAACUAUAGAUUUAUAAUCAAUGACACUGAAGCUGUCAACAGCGAUACACACAAAAUUCAUUGCGACCAUUCCACUGGCAUUGUUGAGAUGGUCAUGGAUCGGUUUACCAUUGAAAAUGAAGGCACCUACACAGUACAGCUCCAGGAUGGAAAAGCCAAGAACCAGUCUUCUUUAGUUCUCAUUGGUGAUGCAUUUAAAGACAUAUUGGCUGAGGCUGAAUUCCAGAGAAAGGAGUUCCUGCGAAAACAAGGUCCUCAUUUUGAGGAGUAUUUGCACUGGGAUGUUACAGAAGACUGUGAGGUGUUGCUGCUCUGUAAGGUGGCGAACACCAAGAAGGAGACCUUUUUCAAGUGGUACAGAGAUGGAGCUGGAUAUGAGGCGGAACAGCCUGACCUGCAGAAAGGAGUGUGCAGCCUGACUAUUCCAAGGCUGUCCAAAAAGGAUCAGGGUGAAUAUAAGGCGACCCUGUCAGAUGACAGAGGCCAAGAUAUCUCUUCGUUGGAUGUAUCAGGAAAAGUGUAUGACGACAUGAUCCUGGGACUGAGUAGAGUCAGUGGCAAAUCUGCUUCUAAUCUGAAGAUCCACUGCACUCCAGAGGGAAUAAGGCUACAGUGCUCCUUGAAGUACUACUCAGAGGAAAUGAAAGCGAGCUGGUAUCACAGGGAAUCUAAAAUUUCUUCUAGUGAAAAGAUGAGGAUUGGUGGAAGUGAUGAAGCUGCCUGGAUGCAGAUAUGUGAGCCAACAGAAAAGGACAAAGGGCAUUAUACCUUUGAGGUGUUUGAUGGCAAGCAGGCCCACAAGCGGACAAUUGAUCUAUCUGGACAAGCCUAUGAAGACGCCUAUGCAGAAUUCCAGCGACUCAAGGCAGCUGCUUUUGCUGAGAAGAAUCGUGGUAAAGUGCUUGGUGGUUUGCCUGAUGUCGUGACCAUAAUGGAAGGGAAGACUCUGAAUCUGACCUGCACUGUGUUUGGCAAUCCUGACCCUGAGGUGCUCUGGUUUAAGAAUGACAAGGAACUUGAACUGAAUGACCACUAUGUAGUUAAACUGGAGCAAGGAAAGUAUGUCAGUUUGGUCAUCAAGGGGGUGGCAUCAGAGGACUCAGGAAAGUACAGCAUCAAUGUCAAGAAUAAGUAUGGUGGUGAGAUGGUGGAUGUCACUGUAAGUGUGUACAAACACGGAGAAGAAAUGCCUGAGAUUAAACCUACUGCUGCUGGUAAAGCAAGGCCAAUACCUCCAGAAGCAGUUUGAAAAUGCAACAAGCAGGAUAAAAGCGGGGGAAGUGGCAGGCUGUAGACCCAGAAGGGUUGUGCUUGAUAGACGAAAGGCUAGAGAGAAGCUGUAGCUGUUCCGUAGUGUUUUUUGCAGUAGGUAACUGGCAAUUGUCUAAGGAGAAGUUAAGCUUUUUGAAG